AUGAGGAGGUUGCGAACCCGCAACCUUCUCUUCUCGCCCUUGCCAGCAUCCUGCCUCUUGCUCUGGGCGCCCUUGUCGGAGUCAAUACUGGCAACCUCACCCGCAGCCAAAAGGCACUCUUGGAUUCCUCCAAGCUUAUUUGUGGCCAAUAUCCCGGCAGCAAGGGGCUCGAGAUUGGCCCGCUGGAGGUUCCAUGUAACUCUGCUCUCCUCGCUACUCGCGAUGAGUCCACCGACUCAGAUACCAACUAGACGCACGAGUACGCGAAGAAGAGACAUGAGGGCAUUGAGGAGGACGGUGGUGAGGUUAAGCGUGACGGGAUCACUGGGCUCGACACCAACUGCUUGA